AUGUUUGACGCGCAGAUAUGGAAUGAGGAGGAGAGUGGUCUGUUGGAGGAGCAGUUGCGGCGCCAUGGGCGCCAUGUUCGCCUUGAAGGCGGCAUCAGCCUGUCAUGCGCUAUCAUCGCCCCGCCCUGUAUGCAAGACCAGCCACACCCACCUUCUGAGGACACUCGAAUCUCGACUCGGAGUGAGCAGGAGAGUGGUCUGUUGGAGGAGCAGUUGCGGCGCCAUGGGCGCCUUGAAGGCGGCAUCAGCCUGUCAUGCGCUAUCAUCGCCCCGCCCUGUAUGCAAGACCAGCCACACCCACCUUCUGAGGACACUCAAAUCUCGACUCGGAGUGAGCCGGAGAGUGGUCUGUUGGAGGAGCAGUUGCGGUGCCACGAGCGACUUGGGAAACCGAUCAGCGUCCCUCCUCACUUCAUCAACGACAAGCCUCAUGACAAGCCUCACGACAAGCCUCACAACAAGCCUCACAACAAGCCUCCCACACAUGCUGAGGAUCUUCGAAUCCGGAAUCAGAAAUCCGGCCACGGGCAAAUUGAAAAUUCCACUGUGGUGCCGAAGACGACUGUGGAACCCGACGUGACAUGCCACGGCCACAGCCACGGCUGGCUUGAAGAAUCCACUGUGGCGCCAUUCGUGUAUCGACCUAGCUUGCCAAUGCACCCCCAGGAGCCCCUGGCACUUCCGUCCCAUUCAAAGGGUCCUUCUGCAAUCCCAGCUUUCGAGAGAGCCGUGGGUGGGCUUUUCACAGAGGAGCAGCGACAGCAAGUGGCAGUGGAGAGCUGGAUCGCACAUGCCUUGAGCGCCUCUGCAUCAGAGGGGAUUCUUGAGACGCCUCAAAGCCUAAGCGCCUCUCCUCAAAACCUGAGCGCCUCUCCUCAAAGCCUGAGCGCCUUCGUGACAGAGAAAAUGGCCCAGCAGCAUCUGGUGCAGCAGCAGCAGCAGCAAGUGGCGACAACCAGCUGGGUGGAACACGCUGAGCUGGCAGGGCUGGCUCUGCCGCCCAAUCUGAUCCGAGAAUCUGCACUUGCCGCCCGGUUCGCGCAGAAGCAAAUGCAGAUGCAGGAGAAAGUUUCUGGUGCUUUCUGCCGGCCUGCUGCCUCUGGGGCCUGUUACAAGCGCGAAAGAGGCCAUGGCUUGACAGAGGGAGAGCCUUUUGAGAAGUCUCGAAGGCCUCUCUUCUCACAUACCACCACUCCUGAUGUUUGCUGCACAGACGCUGUGCCUGGUGCUUCCUGCUCAGCUGCUGCCUCCACGGAUGUUUACUGCUCAGCUCCUGCCUCCACGGAUGUUUACUGCUCAGCUGCUGCCUCCACGGAUGUUUACUGCUCAGCUGCUGCCUCCACGGAUGUUUACUGCUCAGCUGCUGCCUCCACGGAUGUUUACUGCUCAGCUGCUGCCUCCACGGAUGUUUACUGA